AUGGCGGCCGCAGAUGUUGCUCCGCAAUUCGGUGCGGAGUUGAAGGAUUCUUUCAAACCAGUCAACAAUUGGGUUUCGAAUGGUAUAUCAUGGGUAGAGGAGAUAAAUCAAUUCUACCGCGAGCGCAGUGUCAUCGAGAAGGAAUACGCAGCCAAAUUGACGGCCCUGUGCAAGAAAUACUAUGACCGCAAGUCAAAGAAGAUCAGCCCCUUGAGUGUCGGCGAUAACCCUACCUUAACCCCUGGCUCCCUCGAAAGUGCAUCACUCACUACGUGGACGACACAAUUGAAUGCCGUGGAAGCGCACGCCGCCGAACGAGACAGGUUUGGAUCGGAUUUGAUCACACAGGUGGCGGAUCCCUUGAAACACGCCGCCACACAAUAUGAAGACAUUCGCAAAUGUCACGUCGAUUAUCAUGGGAAGCUAGAGAAGGAACGUGAGGCAGCGUAUGGUGAUCUCAAAAAGGCAAAGGGGAAAUACGAUGGCGCAUGCCAGGAGGUUGAGUCCCGCCGAAAGAAGAUGGAGUCAGCGUUCGAUCACGGCAAGAGCAAAGCGCAAACGGCGUAUCAGCAACAAAUAUUGGAGAUGAACAACUACAAGAAUCUCUAUCUCAUCAGCAUCAAUGUGACGAAUAAGCUCAAAGAGAAAUUCUACCAUGAAUAUGUCCCCGAGGUCAUUGAUGGUUUACAAAAUCUCAAUGAAACACGGGUUGCAAAAAUGAACUCGAUGUGGAGUCUCGCCGCCCAGCUUGAGAAGUCGUCUCUCUCAAAUAGUACGCAACAUAUGGCGAAUCUUCUCGUUGAGAUUCCUCGCAAUAAUCCGCGCUUGGACUCUUUGAUGUUCCUGCAGCACAAUGUGACUCAGUCGCAGGAACCGGGAAACCUAGUGUUUGAACCGAGUCCAGUAUGGCACGACGAUGCUGCGAUCGUCGUCGACGAGGCGGCCAAGGUCUUCCUCCGCAACCUCCUAGGUAAAAGCAAGGCUCAGAUCCGCGAACUACGAGUCGAGUCAGACCAGAAGAAACGAGAGGUUGAAGGAAGCAAGAAAGUGCGGCAACUUAUCCAGCAAGGCAAGGAUAAUCGAAACGAGCUAGAUGUCGUGCGGUCUACGUUCUAUAUCCAGGAGGCUUUACACGAAGUUGACCGCAAAUGGGUAACAGCAGAGGUAGAAACAGCGACUAUCAUGGUAGCCGCUGGAGAUUUGUCUCUUGGAGCCCAGAAUCACAACUUCCGCUCGCAAACGUUCAAAAUUCCCACAAACUGCGAUCUCUGCGGCGAGCGAAUUUGGGGUUUGUCCGCUAAGGGCUUUGAUUGUCGGGACUGCGGUUACACCUGUCAUAGCAAAUGUCAAAUGAAGGUGCCUCCAGAGUGCCCGGGCGAGCAGACCAAGGAAGACAAGAAGAAACUCAAGGCCAUACGACAGGAACAAGCUGGUUCCAUGCCCGCUGUUGAUUUUGAUUCUCCCGCAGCCUCCAAUGCCGCCCCGUCCCUGACCAGACAAAACACGAUGACUUCUCUCAGUUCGGGAUAUGCGGCCAGUUCGGCUCGGUCAAUAUCAAACAUUGCCAUUCAGCCAACACCAGAAACUGCGGCAGAGGAGCCCCCGGCGCCAGCUCCAGCCCCAGUCGCGCAAACAAGGCCAGCUACCGCUGGCGCAAAGAGGCAUCGGGUACUAGCACCUCCUCCCACAGCAUAUGUGACCGCACCUCCACCAAGCGAUUCAGGCAUGGGCUCCGGAUCCAAAGAGCCACGGGGUAAGAUGCUAUAUGCAUAUCAAGCCACCGGCCCAGAUGAGGUCACCGUAGAGGACGGGGAUGACGUGGUGAUCGUCCAACCAGAUGAUGGUUCUGGAUGGAUGCGUGUGCGCGCAGGAGCCCAUGAAGGACUUGUCCCAGCCACAUAUGUCGAAGCUGCCCCAACGCCAUCUCCCAUGCCGUCCGCUAGUCCUGGGAUUCCUGAACGACCCGGGUCAACAUACUCUAAUUCAUCCGCAUCAUUGGCAGGAAGUGCCGCAGCGAAGCGCGUCGGGCCAGCUGUGGCGCCCAGACGAGGAGCCAAGAAGGUGCAAUAUGUUGAGGCCUUGUACGAGUACGAAGCCCGUAGCGAUAUGGAGUGGAAUAUGGCCGAGGGUGACCGUUUUGUUUUGAUCACCCGCGAUAGCGGUGAUGGCUGGGCCGAUGUCGAACGGGGUGGUAUCACAAAGAGCGUCCCAGCAAACUACAUCCAGGAGGUGUAG